AUGGCGCUGUUUUUCGACUUUCCUGCCUCAGGCUCAAAGAGCUGCGUGCCUACCUUUCUUACCGAUGAUGAAAUCCUGGGUAAUGUAUAUCUCAUCCCGCAGGUAUGCCUUGAGACGCUGUUCGAAGCAGUCGUUGAGAUACGAUUGACUGGUCAUGUCGAAACCUCCUUGCUGUGGUUGGACAACGCUGCCCCUAACACUGAUACAAGAAGCCUAGCAUAUCGCCAAACGAUUCUAGACGUCGCUCAAAGAUACCCAGUGCAAGGAAGAUUUUGCGCAGCUUCGCCUGGCUCGAUCGAUCUAUGCCACUUCAACAUACGGCUUGCGGCCGCAGCAGUUCCUGGCAACAACAAUGCGGACAGAUGCAUCAACUUUGACCAACUGCCAUCCUCACUUGACGAGAAGUCCUCAGCAGCGUUUGAUUUUAAGAGCUCGGCACCGAGAACUGUGGCGUCCGUAUCCUAUUUAUUGCACGCGAAGCUCUGGCGUGACGAUGUUUUGCUUGUCUCGCACUCACAGAACAUUUAUAUCCUCAAUUGCAGCGACGCUGCUCCGCCUUUGUGCCUUGGAGACUUCGGUCAGGAGUAUAAUAACCGCCACGAGAUCGUAUUGCGGAAGAAUCCUCUUCAGAAAAUUGGGAAGAUAUCGAUCCAAGCGAAUCAGCCCGAUGCUUUGGUGUUCACUGGAUAUAAUACCUCCGCAAUAACGAAAGUCUUGCUCCAUGUUAAAUUACAAACAACGCACGGCCCACGUGAAGGCCCUCAAUCAAAUGAUUUCGAAGCCACGGUCAAGUGGAGAUUGCAAUCGUCGACCUUUGUCUGCAUGCAUAUGCAAGACGCCGUACCUACCACGCGGCAACUUGUACUGUCUCCUUCAAUGGGGUGCAUAACUAAAACUAUUUCGAGUCAUGAUUUGAAGAUGAAGUGGUCAGAUUGGACACGGACGGAAGCGGACGAUCCAGACUCCACGGAAUGGACAGCAACUUACCCAGUGUGGCUUUCAAUAAAGAGUUCGCCAGGACUGCCACCUACAUUCUUGCUUCCUUAUCUCUCCAGGAGGUACAGCAUCGCGAUGAUAGUCAGCGUACCCGGUCGGUGGCAUUCAAAGGCAACCAUAAAGUUGCCGGUACAAGUCGCCUACAGAAGCAAAGUCAGGCCGCCACAAUGCAUCCUCGAAUCGAGUCAUUUGUGUGCGAUUGAGGAUCAUACUGGCAGGGAGCCGGUAUCGUCCAACACCGACGACCAUGUAUUGCCUCCCUAUUUUGCAUGA